AGAAGAGAAAGGAGCCAAGCACACGCUGGGUGUCUUCGUCCUGUUGUGAUGUUGUUGUUGUGAUGUUGUUGUGGAAUAUGUGUCUCCGUGCUAGCUGCUAGCUGCUAAAUAUGCCGACUGACAACCAGCACAUUAGUGUUUACUGAGGCGCCGUCCGUUGUGCUCAUUCGUUAGCGGAAAUGUUAAGCGUGGAGUCGCUGCAAGUGGCUGAGGAGGAGGUGGUUGAAUCCAGCUCCAAUAAACUCGGUGACAUUUACAAUUUCGUGGCUAAAGGCUGUUUUCCUCAGACGGUGAAUCCUUUACGAAAGAAGAAUCUCAAAAGAUACGCCCAGAAGUUUAUCAUUGAUGAGGGCAAGCUGUACUAUGUGGGACCCAAGAAGGAAGAGAAGAGGGAGGUGGUCAUCGAGGCUGACAGGAAGAGGCAGAUUUUUCUCGACUGCCACUUUAAUGACAUCGGCCAUCACCUGGGCCAAAAGAAGACCGUCCAAAGGAUCCAGAGCAAAUACUACUGGCUGGGCAUCAUCAAGGACGUGGUGGAUUGGAUAAAAGUGUGCGAGACCUGUCAGCUCACAGAGAGGAAUAAAAACCUGGCAAGGAUUGUCCGGCCUAUAAAAGUGGAUGCACCUUGGGAUAUUGUUGGGGUUGACAUUAUAGGACCUUUCCCAGAGACCCAGCAAGGCAAUACCAGCCUUAUAGUCCUCAUUGAUUACUUUAGUAAAUGGCCAGAAGCUUUUCCGGUGCAGAAGACUGAUGCCCUCUCUGUUGCGAGAUGUAUUUCGAAAUGCAUAUACAGGUUUGGUGCCCCUAAAACAGUAGUGUGUACACAGAAUACUGACUUCUGUGAUGAGGUGACGAAGCUGCUGUGCAACAAGUGGAGCAUCGUGCAGAAGGUUUCUGCUCUGGACCAACCUCAGCUCAACCCGCUCCACGACUGCACGAGUCCUUUACUGAAGGAAGCUGUGGUGCAGAUGGUAACGGAGAAGCAGGCUGCAUGGGACGACUUCCUGGACCCUGUGCUGUUUCUGUUCAGGACGUCCGUGAGCCCCACGACCAAGUUCACCCCUUAUUCCCUCAUGUUCAACAGGAAAGCUAAUUUACCAAAUGAGACUACACUGAGCGUGCUGAAUUAUGACAACCAAGAGCAAGAUAUGUAUUCCUCAAAGGAGAAGGCCUCGACAUAUAUGACCAUAAUGCAGGAGCAGCAGAACUCUGUGAAGCAGCUGGUGAUAACCAAUAUGAACGCAGCCUACAAACAAGAGAAGAAGAAGAACGCCAAACGGAAGUCACAUAACAUGCCCUCGAUGACCUUCAAAAACGCAGAUCCUCUGUUUGGCGAAGGAGACUCGCCCUCCCCGAAAAAACUGAAAGAGAGUUUAUAUUUGUCUUUUCCUGUUGAGACGGUGCUGGCCACCGAGCAGAGCAGCUCAGAGGACAUAAAGACCGAGUUAGCGUUUCACUUAGCCGAGUCUGACGUCCACUGAGGAGGACCGUGUGAAAAGACUGCAGAGGAGACACAUCAGUGGAGCUAACUGAAGACUUUGAGAGAAAAGUAGGAAAUCCAGACUUUGGUGAAAGGAGCGUGAUCAGCUGAUGAGUUAAUGUUUCUGAAUCUCACACUUCCAAACAGCAUCAAAUGGCCAAAGAAAUGGCAGUACAAAUCAAACCCACGUGAAUUGUUGAACCUUUUCCCUACAAAAAAAAAAAAACAUUGUUUCCCUUGAAAAUGAUGUUAACUUAUUUGUUUUUCACUUUGUCGUACAAUAGAUUUUUAAGCUAUAAUUUAAAAUAAAGGUAUUGUUUCGUUUUUAUAUUCAUUA